UUGUGUCUGACACAGGCUAUUUCAUUCAAACAGGUUCUUGACGCUGUCGAUCACUGCAGUGUAACAUGUUAUUUUUCAUCGUUGGAAUAUACUGUGGUCUUAUCUGUGUUGAAGGAAGCAGCAUGGAAGCAUCAUUACAUCAGCAAAUUUUCAAAAACUAUAACAAACAUGUCUUACCUGGAGAAAUAGAUGAAGCUGUAAAUGUAUCUGUGGACGUGAAGUUAUCCUACCUUGUCGGCUUGGAUGAGAAACAUCAAAUGCUUUCAUUAGGGAUGUAUUUUAAUAUUACGUGGGUGGAUGAAGCCCUAUCGUGGAAUGAAACCGAAUUUCCAGGUUUACAAGAGAUUAUUGUUCCAGAUAAACAGAUAUGGCUUCCUCAAAUUGCCAUUCCGUCUGCAAUAAGGACAAACAGAUACCUGACUGCAGUGAAUUACCCUGUUAGCAUUCAAUCCAACGGUACUGUGAUAUGGAUUCCCGACUAUACCGGAAAUAUCCAGUGUCCAAUAGACACAACAAGAUUCCCAUUUGACAGUCAAACAUGUUUAUUUGACAUUACGCUGUGGGUAUAUAAAAAAAAGCAUGCACAGAUUGUUAAGUCGAAAGGUCAUGCUGAAUCCACAGUGAAACAAAAUGGACAAUGGGAGAUAAAUACUGUAGAAAGCAAUCUGGUUACACCCUUGGGUGAACGGAAUUAUAUUGCCAUUACUCUGGACAUGCACCGGCGACGGGAGUAUUACUUGGUAAGCAUCAUAUUACCUACAGCUGUAACCUCCUGUUUGAACCCCUUUGUGUUCCUGUUGCCAGCUGAAAGUGGGGAGAAGGUGGGAUUGGCCACGACCCUGAUGCUUUUCUACUACGUCAUGCUGAGCCACAUCUUUGAUAACAUCCCGGCUAAUUCCCUCACUAUGCCUGUAUUUGGAAUUUUCAUUGGAGGACAGCUCGUAUUGUCAGGUCUAUCAGUUGUCUGUAUUGUGGUUCUUCUGAAGCUGAGCCAAACCAACCGUGAUGUUGCAAAGAUUGAAAGAUCGGAAGAUGGGAACACCCCAAAGAUUAACUGCUUGUGGAAACGAAUUGAAACUAUUUUGUUUUGCGUGUUUGCAAUAACUGGAAUUGUGUUUUGUGGAACAGUGUUGAUUCUCGUGCAACUAUGAAGCUGUCGGGUUAUCAUGUGGUACCACAACAAUGAAAGGAGUGCAAU